GAUUUAGUCGCUUUGCAACUCUCUUGCCGAGUGUGCGUCCUUCUUCGAUCUUGUGCUGUUUGAAUGUGGCAGAAUCUUGUGCUUCUUAUUUCCCAUUCUUUCUUCUCAAUGUCCGGUCCGCCCGCGAUCGUCGCCAAAGUCUUCGCCGCCGUCGCCGUUGCCGCUGUCGUCAUCGAUCGUCAUCCAUAGUGUUUAGUUCUGCAGUCAUUUCUGUGCCGAUUGGGGAUUUUAGUGUAUAUACUUGCUUGUUUGCAGGAUUUUGGUGUAUUUCAGUACUAGAGGAUCGUAAGUCCUAUUGCGAUUGCGCGCAUUUUUUUUUUCUUUCUUGUCGGUGUCUUUUUGGACGACCCUUGAAACCGAGAUCUUUCGCUGAAGAUUUCGUGUUUGUGAGCUGUGCAAAAACGCCUCCAGAUUUUCGGCUUUGGAUGGUGGAUUUUUUUUUCUUCUGGUCAGAGUGAGUUCACGGAGAAUAAUUAUUUUUAGUGGUUCGCUUGCUCUUUUUUUGCUAACACAGAACCCGGUGAUUUUCGUCGGGGUUGUGACAGUUUGUAAGUGUCAUUCAAAAGGAGUGUUUUUUUUUAGUUUGAAACGUGUUAUAUUUUGACGAAUUUUGUGCUUUGAUUGUAACGGGAAAAGUCAGCGAAAGAGCGAAACGACCAUCACCGAAAGAAACCUUCGAAUGUCAUGACACAUUGAAAUUUUUGAAAACAGGCCGACUGAAAGUAAAAUAUACUUCAGUGUCAACUAUAUCAACGGAGGAUUGCCGACGUAACGUGAUAUUUACGAUUUAGUGAUAGUAAUAAAAAUCGUAAACAGUGCGCCGUGUGAUCAAAGCAGAUUACUUAACGAGCGGAAACUUGACGAAACUGUGACCAUCUAAAGAAUCCAGCAAGAUCACAUCAAUGCUGAGCCGGGACCAUUUUUAAGAUCUUGUUUUACCCCUCCGGUAGUGAAAGACCAUCUGCGCCGCAUCUACACACAAACUAGCAUCCCCCGGCAGAGACAGAGCCGGUCAUCUCCGUUGCAGCACUGCAUCGUCUCAGCUGAACCUGAUCACACCGAAACGUUCGAGGUGUUGUGAGCCUCGUGAUCUCUCCACUAGAAACGUCAUAGAAAAGCCGUCAAAAUAGGUGCCAUGGGGAAAGACUACUACAAAACUUUGGGCAUACCCAAAGGGUCAACGGACGAAGACAUCAAGAAGGCCUACCGGAAGCUAGCACUCAAAUAUCACCCGGACAAAAAUAAAAGUCCCGGCGCGGAGGAAAAGUUCAAAGAAGUCGCAGAAGCGUACGAGGUGCUAUCCGAUAAGAAGAAACGUGAACUGUACGACAAAUACGGCGAAGACGGACUGAAAGGAAGGGCAUCAAAUGGCACGACAAAUUCGUCACAAAACUUCACAUAUGAAUUCCACGGCGAUCCGCGGGCAACCUUUGCGCAGUUCUUCGGUUCCAGCAACCCAUUCGCGUCCUUCUUCGAUAUGCACAAUGAUAGUUUAUUCAACGACAGUCUAUUCAAUGAUGAUGAGUUUUUCACGUCCUUCGGUGGUCUGGGGAACCGACACGGGUUGGGAGGAGCUUUCAGAUCACACUCGUUCAAUGUGCACUCACCGCUCAAGAAAGAAAAGGUACAGGAUCCUCCGAUCGAGCACGAUCUGUACGCGACGCUGGAGGAGAUCUAUCAUGGCUGUGUUAAGAAAAUGAAAAUUUCCCGGAGGGUGCUGCAACCGGACGGUACCUCCAAGAAGGAAGACAAAUACGUCAGUAUAUCGAUCAAACCGGGCUGGAAGUCGGGCACCAAGGUGACCUUCCAGAAGGAGGGUGACCAGUCCAAAGGGAAGAUACCUGCCGAUAUAGUGUUUAUAAUCCGCGACAAACCGCACGUCUGGUUCCGACGGGAAGGUAGCGACCUGCGGUACACGGCGAGGUUAACGUUAAAACAGGCCCUCUGCGGUGUUAUCUUCGAGGUGCCCACGAUGACGGGGGAGAAGCUGCGCAUCAGUACAAAGCAGGAAAUCAUCAAACCGAACACCGUCAAGCGGAUCCAGGGCUAUGGGUUGCCUUUUCCCAAGGAACCAUCGCGCAAGGGUGACCUGCUAGUGGCAUUUGACAUCAAAUUCCCCGACAAACUAGCACCGUCGGAGAAGGAACUACUGAACGAUAUGCUACCGAAUUCCUAGUUCGGAUAAUGAUUUAAAAAAAAAUCCACAUUUUCGUUCUGAUUUCUGUUGUUCCCUCUUCGCUCCUCUCACACAAACACAAUCGUACUCAAUCAAUCGAUAUUUUUAAUCUGUAUAUUUUUACAACAGAACAAUUUAUGUUAUUUAUCCCGCGGCAUCAAAUAGAAGACGUAACAUGCUACCACAGAGGUCUCUACCCCACUGCCUUUGUAAAUACACAUUAACAGAGCCCUACUUAAUUUUUUGUUCACGCUCGGUACUGACCACUAUUUGUUAAUUUAAAUCGCCACAUGAUUGUGCGGUCGCGUUUAUUUCGCACUAAACCCCUCUUCCUUCCUAUCAAAAUCAGGGAAGACCCCUCCCCUCCACGCGAUAAUGAAACAUGAUAUUACAAUUCAAUCCUAGCCUAAGCCAAUAUAUCCUACCCUGUCCCAUUCGAAUAGGCUGCGCAUUCCCAGCGGUGGCUGUUCUCUCUCUCUCCCUCUCUCGGAAUAAAUUACCAAUUCAUAACAAAGCUGAUGAUGAUGAUGAUGAUGAUGAUAAUAAUGAUUAUUAUUAUUUAAUUUAAACUCGCGUUAUCUGAUUCUUGGAAAUAUAUACUCUUCUAUACAAACAAUAAUAA